AUGUCUACUUUCUCUAAUAUGGACACCUCUUUCCUUUAUGAAAAGAAAGAAGAAAUCCGCACCUUUAUCCAAAAAUUACUUUCUGACAAGGGCAAAGAUACUAACUAUGUUAAUAAAAGAAUGCAAGACAGUAUAGUCAAUUUCUUCUUAGAAGACUAUGUUGCUCCUCUUUUUAUCUAAAGCACAUACUUCUGCUCUUCACUCAAUCGCAAACAGUUCCAUAAAAAUAUUGUUAACAAUUUAAAACAAAAAUCAAACAGCAAUUUAGAUGCUCCUUCCUCUCAUAAGAAUCCCAAAUAUGUUCAACUCUUAAGUGAAUACCUUGAAUUACUUAACAAAGAAAACCUUGUUCCUUAGUAUCAAUAAAUGCUAGUUAAAACUAUUAUGAUGGAUGAAUCUGAUAAUAAGGAAAAUUGUCUUACUUUAUUAUGGAGAAAGUAACUAUGUAUUUUAUUAUUAGAGCACUUAAUGAAUCCAUAACUUAAUAAUAUUUACCUCAUGUGGAACUCUGCCUAUCCUGAAAAUCCCAUUUACAAUAAGAAGGAGUCAUUCUACAGAAAAAACCUAAAACAAAAAAAAAUUAUGAAUACUUCUUCCUCUACCAACUCAAACUAAUCUAUGUCUAACAUUCGUGCCAUAGUUAAAUCCAUCAACCAAAAGGAGAAAGGUAGUUUUGAUGAAGAAAGCCAAUGCUCAUUAAGUACAAUCAAAUAAGAAUACAUUCCUCUCUACUAAAUGGAAUAAUAAGAACAAUCUUUUGUUUCCUAAAGCUUCAGCUCUGAUUUGAGAUCUCCCAAAUUGGGCAGUAUGACUAGCUCUGAAUAAUCCUUUUAGUGUAAAGUAAAGCCUUUGAAAGAAUAACAAAAAAGAGCUAAAAUUCUUUACCUCAGUGAUUUGAAUAAGAAAUCUAUCUCAUACAACUUAGAAAUAUUGUAAUUUAUUAAUUAAUAAUUAUCGAACCAAACUUACCUUUCUAGCUCUAUCAUUCAGCUUUAAUGA